AUGUCUAUCCAAACUACGCUCCCUGAGGGAUCUCUGAUUCUUGUUACCGGUGCCUCUGGCUACAUCGGGGCUCAUGUUACCAAACAACUCCUUCAUCGGGGGUACAAAGUUCGAGGAACUGUUCGAGAUAUUGGCAAAGCUGAAUGGCUAUCGACGGACAGUUUUCUAAAACACGCUAAAAAUGGCUCGCUGGAACUAGUUAUUCUCAACAACAUCAAUGACAAGAAACAGAUCCAACAAGCUAUUCAAGGUGUCGCUGGUGUGGUUCAUAUCGCAACACCCAACACAUUCAACCCGGAUCCAAAUGAAACGGUCACACAAACCGUAGAGUUUGUUGUGAACUUACUCAUAGCUGCUGCUUCUGAAAAGACUGUGAAAGAGUUUGUCUACACUUCCACAAUCGGCGCUGCAACUAUGCUCCCCGCCCAACCAGGUUUCCAUUUUGAUGGGACCAAUUGGAAUGAAGGUGCUCGAACCCUUGCUUGGGCACCUCCUCCCUAUACCCCCAAUUGUGGUAUGAUAGCCUAUGUUCAAGGCAAAGUUGAAGCAGAGCAAGCCUUCUGGAAGUUCGAAGAAAAUAAACCCACUUUCAAGGGGAAUACAGUCAUAGUUUGCACUGUAUUUGGACCUCGACUGCACGAAAAGUCAAAUUCGUCAACCAGUGCGUGGCUUUGGUCAAUUUAUAACAACAAUGCGGCUCCAAUGUCGUUCUUCCCAUCUUCCAUAUAUAUCGAUGUCCGCGAUGUGGCACUACUCCACGUCGCAGCUCUUCUUGAUCCAUCCAUCGAAGGGGCACAUCUUCCAGCUUGGGGAUAUGAGUUCAAUUGGAACGAUAUCCUAAAGAUCCUCCAGCAGCUGGACCCGGGCAAAGCACUACCAGCUGCUCUUGAUAACCCCGGAGGAUUUAAUGGUACGGCAGAUGUGGCCCAGGCCAAGCAUGCGCUUAAACGGUGGAGCGGACAAGAUGACUUUAUAUCUUUAGAGAAGGGUGUGAUAGAUACCCUGAAUGGACCAUCUGUCUCUAGGUAA